UGGAAACUCAAGCAAUAGAUUAUCAAAGCCUUGCAGUGCGCCAAGCAAACAGCACGCGCAGAACUGAUGAAGACAGAUUUGCAGUGAUGGUUGCUGUAGCAACCAUUACCUGGGCGCUGCUCACCUGUCUGAGUGCUUUCAUCUACUGCUGCACUUACGGACGCCUAUUCAAAGCAGCAGUGGACUCGGACUCGGAGCUGGACAGCCAAUCAGAGCAGCUGGACUUGGAGCUGCAGAGCAUGCUGCCCAAAGAUUAAGCGUCAAAGGUCGCUAACACCAGCAGCAGCAGCAGCAGCUGCUGUUAGCGAUCAUUGGCUGGGCAGGACAAUAUGACGUUGCCG